AUUUUCUUAAAAGUGACACUUUCAAGGAAAAGUACUAAAGCGAACGGGCGUUCUCUGGUCUGAAAUAAUGGAGAGUCCAGAAAAGAAUUCCGAUGUAUCGUCCACUGCAUCAGAAACUCGAAAAAAUUCGAAACCAGUGAUGGAGAAGAAAAGAAGAGCACGAAUAAAUGCUAGUUUGGCUGAAUUAAAGUCCCUGCUGUUGGACGUCAUGAAAGCUGAGGGUACUCGUCAAAAUAAAAUGGAGAAAGCUGAUAUCUUGGAAAUGACAGUUCGCCACCUACGACAAUUACAAAGACAACAAUUUUCUGCUCUGAGUGCUACAGACCCUGCCGUGAUAAAUAAAUACCGACUUGGCUUUAAUGAGUGUGCAAGUGAAGUUAGCAAAUAUCUUGCAAACAUGGAUGGACUAAAUACAGAUUUCCGAGCCCGACUAUUGAAUCACCUUGCAAAUAUAACAACGAACACUGAGCAACCGGAAGAAACCAAGGAACCGAAAUCUCCCCCUCUAACAAAAAUUUCGCACCAAGGCCCAUAUCCUAAAGUUAAUUCAAACGCUGCUCAAUCAAAUCCAGGACACGUUUUAAAGGUGAACGGAAAUGUUACUAUGUCGUCUAAUGUAUCAGCAGAAGUCCUACGAAAUGUAAAAAGUUUGGAGGUAAAUGGGAACAUUACAGCACACAAAUCAGAAAACGUGAUAUGUAGUGAACAAAAUAUUCCUUCGAAGAUAAUUCAAGGAGUUCACACCAUUCCAACUCAAAUGUCCUCAGGAGACGUUGCUUUUAUCAUUCCUGCAGCCAAUAUGGUACAGUAUGGAACAAUACCAAACUAUGUAAUCCCUGUCUUACAACCUCAGGGUGGCUUUCAGAUCAGCCAUUCUUCAAACAGUGUGAUACAAACUCAUCAAACAGUACCUAUUGCUUACUCAGGGGGGAUAACCACAUCUCAUGGUGUCCUUCCGUCAUUUCUUCAAAAUACAACUUUUGUUAACUCUUCUCCAAACACGGUAGGUCUGCCAGUAAGCUUAGUUUCAUCCGGAAAUGGAAUUGCUGUUCAGCAACAUGAACCACAAUUCACAGCGUUUCCUGUUACUAAUGCCAGAACACAGGUCACCCACAGUCCAAAGAUUGAUGUGCUUUCUGACAAUAAUAAUACCAAGAUAACAAAUGAAGGCUCACUUUUAAAGGCUACGGGAGUUGUUCCCCCUCUCGAAUCUCGUUUUACUCAUGGACUUGAGGAUAAAACAGACCCAAUGUGGCGACCUUGGUAAAAUAUAGGUCAUACAAUUCAAACUUUUGUGUAACAAAAUUUCCAUUCUCUAUACUUUUAUUGUGACUUUGACAAUUUUACGAUUACUGUAUUAAAAUACAUAAAUAUGCAUGCUAUGUAAUUCUUCAUUAUGUUUUACUUCAGUGUUUACUCGAAAAAUACUUUUUUUUAUAAAAGAGUGCUUCAUACUGUACAUCGAUUGUGUAUUAGACUAGGGAAUUGUUUUACUAGCUAUUCCUGAUGCAUUGCUGUGAUAUAGAGUGCUUGAGUGUUUAGUGCUACGAAUAUAGUCAUUUUACAAAACUUUUUUUUUUUCUUUUGAAUGGCGAUUAAAAGUGUACGUUCGAAUGCAUUCAAUAAAACAUGUUAGAACAUUUA